CUUCAAACAGCUAGAUUCAGUUAUCGGGUCAGAGCGCUUCACAGCUGCCCCCAACCAGGAGCGUCUUGUGGAGUUGGAAACGCUGCGGCAGUACCUGGAGGAGGCGGUUGAGGCGGUGGAUAAGGCCGUUGUGAAAACGGCAAACGCAACGGAGAGGUUAAAGAAGCUGCUGACUUCAAGGGAUAAGAAGGAAACCAUUCUGGAGAUGGCCUCCGCCAACGAGAUCGACCAGGCGCUGCUGGACUUGCUGCAACAGAACAUCGAUGCCGCGCGCGCCGCCGAGCAGACCGCACCCGCGGAGUUUAUGGAGAAGGUCAAGGUGGCGGCGGCAAAGUAUCUGGUGACUGUGUAAUGAUGGUGGAAGGAUGGACGCUUGGAUGGAUGGAUGAAGAAGAGGGUGAUGGUGCUGAGGGCGCUAUCGUUAGGUUAGUGUUUGCUGCGGCUGAAGUGCUGUAGCAUCGUUUCUGUAUGGGCCGCCGCGCAUGAUGGCAGCAGGUCGCAGAGUUACGGUAUCUAAUUGAGACGUGAGCUGGUGUAUGCUUUGCGUUUUUUGUAGGCUGUUAGGAUUGUGGAGCGGUGCGGCUUAGCGGCGAGGUGUCAACUGGCGGGAGUGUUUCUUUCUUGCAUGCCAAUCCUCAUUGAAGCUGGCUAAUGUGCGUCUGAGCGGUGUUAGUAUUGCUCGCUGUAGAGUAUAUAUAUAUAUAUAUAUAUAUGCGUCUUGCAUUAGUAUCAGCUUAAGAUUGCAGGUUUCGUGAGGUUUAUGAUCAUGAGCUACCUGUAGUGUGAUUGCGAAGGAUCGAGCGCAGCACAGAAUGGCGCUGCUGACAAUUUUGAUGUCUGGAUGAGCGUUGAGAGGGAGGCAAGAGAGGAGCGGUGACGGAGUGGGUUCCCGCAUGCCUGACUGAUCUAUCUAUCUAUGCGGUGGUUGGCGGUGGAUGCUUUCACACCGCCAACGAUUUUGCAGCUCGUCGGCUAUAAAUAACCUUCAUCGGUUGCAUAGUCACUUUAUCAUUCACACCGCAGUGAUUUGGUGAAUAACAUAACGCGGGGUUUCCUGAAGAGGGAUAGGGCCCUUGUGCGGCCGAG